UGGACACUUCUACCCCACUUCCUGCCCUAUCAGCGGACUACUUCUACCCCCCUUCCUGCCUACACAGGACACUUCUACCCCCCUUCCUGCCAACAGGGCACUUCUACCCCCCUUCCUUGCCUACAGGGGCACUUCUACCCCCUUCCUGCUACAGCUGACACUCUAACCCCCUUCCUGCCUAACAGGACACUUCUAACCCCCUUCCUGCCUACAGGGACACUUCUAUCCCCUUCCUGCCAACCGGGCACUUCUACCCCCUUCCUGCCUACCGGGCACUUCUACCCCCUUCCUGCCUACAGGAGGCAACCCACUUCUACACCCCCUUCCUGCCUACAGGGCACUUCUACC